CUGAAAGCCUGCACAGCCCAGCCUGCCAGCUCGCCGCCCUGCAGGUCCUGCCCCAGCCCCCCAGCUGCUGGGACCCCAUGUUGUGGGAGGAUGGAGGAUUUAGAUGCUUUGCUGGCAGAACUGGAGCAGAGCUCUCACUCAGCCUCCAAGGACUGCGUGCCGCAGGUGCCGAGCUCCUACAAGCAGGACCUGGCCACAGCCGGGCCCCCAGUGCCCUGUGGCCGUGAGCCACUUGCCCCAAAGGCCCUGAAGGGUUUUUCCUUCCAGGUGCAGCCGCCGCCUCAGGCUCAGCCUCCAGAAGAGGCUUUGAAGACAGUGUACAGCAGCCCCAUACCGGUCCCGCAGCCGCUGCUCUCCUCGCCUCCACCCACAGCAGCUGCCCGGCAGCUGGAUGAGCUCCUGGCCGACCUGGGCCACAUGCAGAGUAAGCUCGCGGCUACGGGACAGGGAGCCGGGGUGCCAGCAAAGCCCUCGCCCUCACUAGACAACAUGCUGGGCAGCCUCACCCAGGACCUACAGGAGCUGGGCAUCACAGCUGCUCCCACCGGCGUUUGCUCCGCCUGCCGCAAGCCCAUUGCUGGCAAGGUGCUCACAGCCCUGGGCAAAACCUGGCACCUCGAGCACUUCACCUGCACCCGCUGCGGACAGGAGCUGGGCAACCAGCCCUUCUUUGAGCGGGGAGGGCAGGCGUACUGUGAGGAGGACUACCACCAAGCCUUCUCCCCUCGCUGCGCCUACUGUGCCAACCCCAUCCAUGAGAAAGUCCUCACGGCUCUGGACCAGACCUGGCACCCCGAGCACUUCUUCUGUGCCCACUGCGGGAAAGUGUUCGGAGACGACGGUUUCCACGAGCGGAACGGGAAGCCAUACUGCCGCCAGGACUUCCUGGCUAUGUUUGCCCCAAAAUGCCAGGGCUGCGAGCGCCCUGUGAUGGACAAUUACCUGUCGGCCUUGCAGGGCGUCUGGCACCCCGAAUGCUUCGUGUGCGCGGAGUGCCUGAGCGGCUUUGCCAGCGGCUCCUUCUUUGAGCUGGAGGGUCGGCCCUACUGCGAGCUGCACUUCCACCAGCGGCAGGGCAGCAUCUGCCACGGCUGCAGCCGCCCUGUGACUGGCCGCUGCGUCACAGCCGCCGGGCGCAAGUACCACCCUGAGCACUUCAUCUGCGUCUACUGCCUGGGCCAGCUGCAGAAAGGCACCUUCCACGAGCACGGCAACAAAAUGUACUGCCAGGCCUGCUACAACAAGCUCUUCCUCUGAUCCCUGCCCCGCCAGCACACAGCCACCCUUCCCGCCUCACUGGCUGUCCCUGGUAUUGUCCCCACCAUCGACGUCCCUGGCAUCUUCCCUGCCAGGCCAGGCAUCCCUGGCAUUGUCCCUGCCAAGCCAAACAGGUUUCAUAUUAUCCCACCCAUCAAUGUCCCUGGCAUUGGUCCUGCUGAGCCAAACGUCCCCAGCAUUGUCUCUGCCAAGCCAGACAUCCCUGGCAUCAUUCCUUGUACCCCUCCCCCUAAGACAUUCCUGGCAUUGUCCCUGCCAAGCCACGUGUCCUGGGCACUGUCCCUUCAACCUGAAGCAAUAAAAAUCCUGGCCCUA